AUGGCACCCUCUACGGAUACAGAGUGGUCAGUCGAGUUUGACACCCUCCGGCGUGAGCGUCUAUUCCGACAUCCCCCAAAGGAUCACACUGCGUACCCGUCCCUUGCAGCUUCUAUUCGCCCCCAUAUCGAUUCUUUCAACGCCCUAUUCGACAAUGACAGGAUUUUAGAGGCGGCAUUGAAGGACAUUGGCACCAAAUCGUUCCUCGAUGGCGACGUCGAAACCCCGGAACAGAAGCGGGCUAGGCUAGAUGAAGGGAGACGGGCGCCUCGAAGAAACAAGCUCUCUGUGCGCAUUACCGAGCUGUUUCUUGAGAAGGCGAUGCUCCCGGCAUCAAACAAGUUCAAUACGCGAAAUAGAGAAAUUUACCCUGCAGAGUGUCGAGAGAGACACGCGACAUAUCGUGGCAGACUACGAGCGAGACUGGAAUACCGCAUUAACAAUGGGGAGUGGAAAGAGUCCGUCAGAGAACUGGGCCAGGUCCCAAUUAUGCUAAGGUCCAACCGAUGUUAUCUAGAGAAGUGCUCUCCGGAACAGCUCGUGCAACAUAAAGAGGAAUCUGAAGAACUCGGCGGUUAUUUUGUCGUCAAUGGAAAUGAGAAACUUAUCCGAAUGUUGAUUGUUGGAAGGAGAAAUUUCCCAAUGGCUAUUAUCCGUAGUUCCUUCAUGAAGCGCGGCCCGACCUAUACGAAGUUUGGUAUUCAAAUUCGCUCUGUCAGGCCUGAUCAAACAUCUCAAACGAAUUUUCUACAUUACCUCAGCGACGGAAAUGUCACGUUCCGAUUUACCUGGAGGAAAAAUGAGUACCUUGUCCCAGUUGUGAUGAUAUUAAAGGGCCUGGUGCAGACAAACGAUAGGGACAUUUUCGAGCGCCUAGUUGGCCAUGAAGGCUCUGAGGGAAUCAAAAACUCUUUUGUGACAGAUCGAGUUGAGCUACUUCUACGAACAUACAAGGGAUAUGGAAUUCAUGGAAGGGACGACAUUAGAGCUUACCUGGGAGAAAAAUUCAGACCUGUCUUGGGAAUGCCCACAGAUAUACCAGAUGAAGCUGUGGGCGUCGAAUUUCUUCGAAAAGUCGUCUUGCCGCAUCUUGGCAAUCACAACGUGACAGACUCUCAGGAUAAUGAUAAGUUCAAUAUGAUACUCUUCAUGAUCCGGAAACUCUAUACCCUAGUGGCUGGGGACUGUGCUCCAGAUAAUCCGGAUGCUGUCUCGAAUCAAGAAGUCUUGCUUGGUGGUUUUCUCUACGGGAUGCUCUUGAAAGAGCGCCUCGAAGAAUGGCUAAGGUCAUUUGGUCCGAUUGCACAGGAGUGGAGUGUCAAGAACCAGAAUGCAAGAUUCAUCGACCCAAAAUUUGAGAAGGAGUUCCUGAGUAGAAUCGUUGCGAGGACAAACGAAAAUAUCGGUGGUGCGCUGGAGUAUUUCCUCUCUACCGGUAACCUUGUCAGUCCAACUGGUCUCGAUCUACAACAACCAUCUGGUUAUACUGUCAUGGCCGAGAAAAUCAACUUCUACCGUUUUAUCAGUCAUUUCCGAAUGAUACACCGAGGAAGCUUCUUCGCACAGCUCAAAACGACUACCGUUCGUAAACUUCUCCCUGAGAGUUGGGGCUUCCUUUGCCCAGUUCACACACCAGAUGGAAGUCCAUGUGGUCUUCUAAACCAUCUAGCCCAUAAAUGCAAAAUAGAAACAAGUAAUCUUGAUGUCUCUGGUGUUCCUCAGAUCAUAUCGAACCUAGGGGUAACAUCUGAGUCAUCAGUUUCCCUAGAGGAAAGCGUUGUUGUCCAGAUGGACGGACGCAUUCUUGGCUACUGUUCCCCGAAACAAGCUCGCAUCAUAUCUGAUACCUUGCGAUAUUGGAAGGUAGAGGGCAACAAGAGUCUUCCCGUGGAGCUUGAAAUCGGAUACGUUCCCAACUCGAACCGGGGCCAAUACCCCGGUAUCUAUCUUUUCUCGCAAUGUGCUAGGAUGGUCAGACCAGUGAAAUACUUGCCACUGGACAAACUUGAUUAUGUUGGGCCAUUCGAGCAGCCAUUUAUGGAAAUUGCCUGCGUACCGUCCGAUAUCAUAUCUGGGGUAUCUACCCAUGUGGAAUUCGACCCUACCUACAUCCUCUCCAUCGUUGCAAACAUGACACCGUUCUCUGACUUCAACCAGUCUCCGCGUAAUAUGUACCAGUGUCAAAUGGGGAAGCAAGCGAUGGGAACUCCUGGAACAUCCAUACAGUACCGUACCGACAACAAACUUUACAGACUACAAACCGGACAAACCCCUAUUGUUCGCCCACCUCUCUAUAACUGCUACGGACUCGACAAUUUCCCCAAUGGCAUGAAUGCCGUGGUUGCUGUCUUAUCGUACACUGGCUACGACAUGGACGACGCAAUGAUUAUUAAUAGAUCCGCUCACGACAGAGGAUUUGGAUGGGGCACGAUUUACAAAACGAAAGUAUAUUCUCUCGAUGACAAAGAAUCUCGAGGCCGGGGAAAAGCGAAACGAGAAAUUGCCAAACUUUUCGGAUUCGCACCGGGUGGCCUUAUCAAGGGGGAAUGGCGGCAAACGUUGGAUGAGGAUGGUCUCCCUCACAUUGGUGUGCGGGUUACUGAAGGCAGCAUCGUUGCUGCAUGGCACACUGUCCGCUUCGAUGCAGUAUCGAACUCAUAUAUUAACAUCGACAGGCAAACCCACUUCCUUAAGUACAAAGACACAGAGGAAGGCUACAUUGACAGCGUCCGGAUCCUCGGUUCCGAAACAGGCGGUGACCCCUGCCAAGCCAUCAGCAUCAAAUACCGUAUCCCACGUAAACCAGUUAUUGGAGAUAAAUUUUCCUCCCGCCAUGGACAGAAGGGCGUCUGUUCCCAACUGUGGCCUGCAAUUGACAUGCCAUUCUCUGAGAGCGGAAUCCAGCCCGACGUGAUCAUCAACCCGCAUGCUUUCCCCUCCCGAAUGACAAUCGGUAUGUUUGUCGAGUCCCUCGCGGGGAAGUCUGGCGCUCUACACGGCCUCGCGCAGGACUCCACCCCAUUCCGAUUCUCUGAAGAGCAUACCGCAGGCGACUUCUUUGGCGAACAACUGCGCAAGGCUGGCUACAACUUUCAUGGCAACGAGCCGAUGUAUUCUGGUAUAACAGGCCGCGAAUUUGCUGCAGACAUCUACCUGGGAGUCGUCUACUACCAACGUCUAAGGCACAUGGUCAAUGAUAAAUUCCAAGUGCGGACGACUGGCCCAGUGAACGCACUGACCGGACAACCCGUUAAGGGCCGUGCGAAAGGUGGUGGGAUCCGUGUUGGCGAGAUGGAGCGCGACGCCCUUCUGGCCCAUGGCGCUGCUUUCCUCCUGCAAGACCGUCUCAUGAACUGCUCGGACAUCACUCGUUCCUGGAUCUGCAGGACGUGCGGCUCGUUCCUCUCAACGCAGGUUGCUGUCUCUAAAUACGUGGCGCCAAGCAAAAAUCCCGCUAUGGCUGCUGCUGCGAAGUCUUCAUCGGGCCUUGUGAAGCCAGGUGGGGCAGUGAGUGCGUUGGGUGGUACUUCAGGGAUUGUGCGUUGUCGUCGAUGUGCGAGAGAAGCGGUCUUUGAUGACCCCCGAGCCGAGGUGUGGGAGGAUGGAGAGGGUAGAAGGUUCGUUGGCGGAGACGAUACCACUGUAGUUGCCGUGCCCGGUGUGUUGAAGUAUCUUGAUGUUGAGUUGGCGGCUAUGGGGGUUAAGAUGACAUUUAAGGUUAAUAAUUGA